AUGCUUGCAGGAAAGGUUUUCCUCAUCUUGUUCGUUCUGCUAGCGGGGGAUAGCGAAUGCUGUACUGAAGAUAGCGACAUGAAGCUCGUCCGAGCCCAGAACCAUUUUGCCCUCAAGCUUCUCAAGGAACUGUCCAGCGAAGCGCCGGAAUCGAACCUCUUCUUCUCUCCGACAAGCAUCUCCGUCGCACUCGCCAUGGUCUACGCCGGAGCCAGGGGCAAGUCCGAAGCGGAACUUUCCACUGCUCUCGGCCACACCGCAGCGGGACUGUCCAGCAGAGAGUCCAUACUGGCGUCUUACAAAACGAUUCUGGCACAACAGCAGACUGAUGACAAUGUAAGUGUGAUGAUAGCCAAUGCAGUCUUUGUGCAGAAGAACCUGAAAGUCCUUGAAAGCUACCAGAAGGAGCUCGUUGACACCUUUGCGGCAAUGUUCCGGUCGGUGGACGUUGGGACAGAAAAGUCUGUCAUGGAAUCCGAGGUUAACCAGUGGGUUAAGAACAAGACCAGAGGCAAGAUCUCGGGCUUCAAAAUUCCCGCAAACACCAUAAUGGCGCUUCUCAAUGCCAUUUACUUCAAGGGGCUAUGGGAGACCCCUUUCCAUCUCAACAAUACAGUCCCCCUUAACUUUUACAACAAAGGAUCUAAAAAAAUUAAGGUAGAAUUCAUGCAGAGAUGCGGUAAUGUACCAAUCAGCUUUGGACCCAACUAUGCAGCGAUAGAACUGUCUUACAAAGGAGACAAACACGGCAUGGUAAUCGUGUUUCCAUAUAAAAUAAUAGGACUUCCCAAACUACAAGACGCCAUGACUCUCGAGACCAUAGAAAGAAUUCGGGGAAGUUUGAAAAGCGAGGCUGUCUGGGUUCGCCUUCCUAAGUUCGACUUGAAAACGGAGUACGGCCUCAUCCCUGCCCUGAAAAAGUUGGGUGUGCGUUCGAUCUUCUCCCACGCCGAUCUGUCCGGAAUCACUGGCGACAGAGGGCUUUGGGUAACUGAGGUCCAGCACAAGGCAGCCAUCGAGGUCAAUGAAGAAGGCAUGGGUGUUAGCGCCCCAAUGAAACUGGAAAAUGAAGGACGCUUUCCAACACCCUUCCCCGUGAAUAGCCCUUUCCUCUUCUACAUCCACGAGAAGGCAACCGGCCGUGUGCUAUUUUUGGGAGCAGUGCACGAACUCCCAGUAGCUAAGGUGAAACCCGCCCUUCGUUAG